CGCUGUUCUACCGCCCUCGGGAAGGAAUAGAAUCAGCUUGAGCGAGUUGUCAGUAGCCUUUGUUUUGGUGAGUUUCCGAUUGGCUUGUUUUCAUUUGUGGAGAUUUUAUCAGUUGUUUAGCUGGCCUCGAGGCUUCAGAAGACAGCGAAUACCACAGAAAUAGCUCGAUCCGGUCGCAGUUGGGCUUGUUAUGCCGAAGGAUCGGCUUCGCCUCAAAUCAAGCGCAGAAAACGACGGACCGCCGGCCUCUUGACCACGGGGAAAUUACACCUGUGUUUUGCACCUGGUAAAAUGCGGUGUGACAGACAAAUGUGUCAGUGAGUGGCUGGUGGAGUACAGAAGACGAUAUCGAAAUCCAGGGCAAGAUUUGUAAAUGACCUGGAUUUUUACUGACCCAAACCGAACUACAAAAUAAAACAACGCAGGCACAGAAGGGGAUCGAGUCACGAGGUAUAAGAGCGAUCAGAUAUUUCUUUCAAAAUGGAAGGGCUACGUUGUUCAUGGCUCGUGAGGACUACAGUCGUCAUAUCGCUCGUGCUCGGAGACGUCACGGGCACCUACGCAACGAUGAGUACAGCAUUCUAUGCCGAUAAUGACUUACAACAGACGGUGCUUGUAACAAGAUUACCCGGCAGAGAAAAACGGGAAAUGCAACAAGAAAUAUUAACACUACUCGGCCUUCACCAGAAACCGAAACCCAAGACUCACGGCAAAGGAGACUCUGCUCCUAAAUUUAUGAUUGAUUUGUAUGAAAAACUUAAAAACGAAGAUGGGGAAAUUAUGGAUGAUGAUACCGUGUUUCGGAGGAACGCUUCUAUCGGAUUAAACCCAGAUUUACUGGAUGGUUCGGACGUCAUUAUGAGUUUUGUCAAUCACGCGAACAAGCGGUCCCAUCUUCGUCAUGAACGUGACAGAACGUUUUACUUUGACUUCAGCGAGGUUGCUAUCGGCGAACAGGUGUCCGGUUCUGAACUCCGGCUGUACAAAGAACGUGCGCACCGAGGGCAUUACCGCCACCAAGACUUCCACAUUGAGCUGUUCCGAAUGAAACAAGGUCGUGACCCCGAAGAUAAAGUUUUGGAGUCGGAACUAAAUACUACCAUAAAGGGAGAUUACCGAGGAUGGCUUCGUUUAAACGUGACCGGAGCGGCGGAGAAGUGGACACGGAAUCCAGGUUCAAACCUCGGCCUCUUCAUGAAAAUCACCGGAUCUAGAGGUCAGGAUGUGGAUCCAAGACCAAUUGGCAUAGUGGGACGGCGGGGUUCAAUGGCCAAACAGCCGUUUCUAGUCGGGUAUUUCCGGAUGGAUAGCGAACUGCACGAACGACGUCGCCGUUCCACGCGACGGCGGUACCGCCAAGACGUCACCUACGCAGACCAGCCGUCCUACCCAGGCAACUUUCCAAGGUUCCAGCGAAAGGCCUGCCAACGCAGAACACUGUACGUGAGCUUCAGAGACCUUGGAUGGCAGGACUGGAUUAUCGCCCCUGACGGUUACUCGGCGUUCUACUGCGAUGGAGAAUGUGCCUUCCCCCUCGGAGCUCACAUGAACGCCACGAACCACGCCAUUGUUCAGACUCUUGUACAUCUCAUGGAUCCCUUCAUGGCCCCCAAACCUUGCUGUGCUCCCACCAAACUCACGGCAAUAUCCGUCUUAUAUUUCGACCAUAACUCGAACGUUGUGCUGAAAAAAUACAAGGGGAUGAUAGUAAAGGCAUGUGGCUGUCACUGAGAUACGAGACUCACGCUGGUGUAAACUCACAUGGGCCCAUUGGUGUAUAAAGCUUUCUCGGUGUGCAUAAAACUCGAUUUCUGUGGAUGCUGUUCAAGAGGACAACGUGACCUUUUCGUAGCCUCUAUUGAUCCGUGGAUGAAGACUGCGUGAAAGCCAGUUGCACCAGCUAAACUGACGUCAACUUGACAAUCCAAAACCAGGGCUGACAACCGAUUAUUAAAACAACGUCAUGUGUGACAGUUUUUCAGUUUCAACCUAAAAACGAUCGGCUACAAAAGAACGCUGAACAAAUAUAGCAGGUUUCCAAAUUCAUGGAAUAUGUGCUGGUAGGCUCUGUCGUCGCUGCAACAUGGCAGUUAGUUUUAUUGCCAAAGAAAGACGAACACAUGUAGUAAAACACGAAGGCCGUUGUCAUGAAAUUCCAAAGAUGCUUAUGCCAUGCUGAAGAAUCGUUGCAAAGCUUGACCACUAUUUGUUCUGAAGAUCCCGUCUCUGUUGAAUGAUGGCUUGUGUCGACUGGAACACAUUGUGAUUCCUGGGAAUAUUAACAAGGGCAUACUUCUGCGAGAAAACUGUUCAUAUUUCUGAUAUUUACAACACGCCGACAUUGAUGUACUGUAGAUAGGGCUUAAAGGAGCCACCGUGGUACCGGUACCGGUAUCGAUUAUUGAGGUUUUGUAUCGAUACCAAGCAACAAGUGGAUACAUAUGUGGAUGUCAUGUUUUGAGGUACAUUUUCUGACAAUACCUAAAGGCAUUAAUUUUUUUGCUUCAUCUUUACGAUAAUGGUUUAAGUGUCGUCCAACCGUUUUGUGAUGGAAUAGACAGUUAACAAAAGUGGGUGUUCAUGUGUCGUAUCCUGAUGUUACUAUCGUGACAAAGUGUAACGCCAGGGAGGAUGUACAGUGGUUUUACACUUUGAUAUGUUGGUAUGCUAUAGGUAUAAACACGAACAUCUGUACGGCCGCGUGUCGUGUCUCAAUGAUGAACAUCGCAUACAGACUCUGACAAAAAUAAACCCAAAGAGACGUACUGUACUAAGAUACCUGCUUAUGCUAUUCUACUCAACUUUUGUUAAGGAUACAGAUAGUUCAUAUUGUAAUGAAACCCGAAUGACGCUCACGAUAAACACGAACACUUAACGUGAAGCUAAAGUUCCAUAGUAAUACAUCGAAUACUAUUCGUGAAUUUACAUCGUUUCCAUUGAAAUUUCAAAUAUUAUCAGUCAAACUGUUUCAAAGCAAUCGUUCACAUUCAGUCCGUACCUGAACGCUCUGUAUAUUCCUAUCACACAGCGGCAGUAUUUCGCCUUCGAUUUAUUAUUAAGUAAAGAAAAAAACAAUGUCGUCCCUUAAUGCCAAGUUUAUAGAAAUGAAAAAUAUAUCUACGGUAAGGUAAUGUCAUAGCGUUACUUACGCAAACAUUGCCCAUGUUCGACACGUGACAUUCUCAUGUAGCUAUCUUUUCUUUCUUUUUUAAAACAAACGGCAAUUUUCCAUUUUCCAACUGAUGUACAUAUCUUAAUUAUAUGGUUGAACAGAAUCUUCUUGGCUAUUAACUGUGUGACGGGAAUUGCCCCCCCCCCCCCUACAAUCUUACAUCGUUAGAUCGUUAUAAAUCUACUUUGAGUGAUGUCUCGCAGAAGAAAGUAUAAGAGUUAGAUAUUUCCCUUCAACCAAUAAAAUCUGUAUCAGUCUCGUGUCAAAUCUACAUCCGUCAAAUUUGACGUGUAAUGGCUAUUGUGGAGCUUAAUGGACAAGGAUUUUUGUCAACGUUCCACAACGUUAGCAAGGAGUUUCUUCACAAGAGUAAUAAAUAAAAUAAUAAAUAUAAAAUAUUUAAUUACAUAAUCACGGAUAGUCAAUGUGCAUCAGGUUUUAUAAUCACUUACAUUUGGAAUUACGCAUAUAUCAAACUAAAUUUGUGAAUUUAUGUCGUUUUAUUUUCUCGUUACAGUUUUUGUUUAAUACUAAGUAAAUAAUGGAAAAUGGAUGGGUAGAAUGUAUAGAUAAGUGUGGUGUAUGUACACACUGAUACCAUGUAACUGAUCAAGAUUAUGACAUCCACUAUAAAGGACAAUAUUUGCUGUAGUGCUGUAGACAGGCUCUGAGCAUCCAUACAACGCUCCGAUGAUCAAUUAGAACACUACUUCAGAGUAGGUGUAUUUUGUAAAUAUUUUGCUUGAAAGAGUGUUCUGAUUCAUAUAUAAUUGAACAAUGCUUCCGGAAUAUGCAUUUCUAUGUUACAUUAUGAAUAAGUGCAAUUUCUCAUCUUAUUGUAUAUAUUUGUAAGCCUGCAGAAACAUCGCUGGCUUUUAGUGGCGAGCUACAAAAAAAAACAUUUGCAUGAUUAAGUACGUUAUGAGAAUGUCAUUUGUUGGAUAUUUGUAGCUACUGUCCACUGGAAUCGUGCUUACCAACAGUCACCAUGUUUUUAUCCAAACUAAAAUACAGAAAAAAGAUGUUUAGUUAAUGUAACAACGUUUUCUGGCUACUGGUCAGACAAGAAGUGGGUCACGUGACCGCCACAUUGACAGCCAUAACGGUAUGAGUCCAAUGCGUAAGAAUGUUAAGAACUUCUUUUACAGAAGAUAUAAAAUAUUCAUAGCAGUUUCGUGAAAUGUACGGUCGCUCUGCAUCGAUCUGAGACUCUCCGUGCUACGAAUACUGUAGCUCUAAAAAUGAAAUAAUGUUGAUCGUUAUCAAGGCUGCAGAUGUUGGGUGGCUGUGUGGUCAAAGCGUUCGCUCGUCACGCCGAAGACCCGGGUUCGAUUCCCGACAUGGAUACAAUGUGUAAAGCCCAUUUCUGGUGUUCCCCGCCGUGAUAUUGCUGGAAUAUUGCUAAAAGCGGCGUAAAACCACACUCACUCACUCACUAUUCAGUUCAACGGACCGACCAGCACAAACGAGCAUGAUAGAAUUCCAACUUACAUUGAUUUUUGCUUCAAAGCUGCCGUUCAUUGACAAGUGUAAUACGUUUCUAUUCAUGUAAUAUUCAUUUCACAUGGGGUAGGUUGGUUUAAGUGUUCACUCGCCACGCCGAAGCCCCGGGAUUCCCAACAUGGGUACAAUGUGUGGAAACCAUUUCUGGUGUCUACCCUCCCCCGUUCUGUUACUGGACAAUUGCUUAAAGUGGCAUAAGACCACUCUCACCCACACAUUACCUAUGGGAUAUAUUAUUCUUAAAACUAUGUUCAGUGUUUUUGAAAUCACCCGUCAAGAACGAAAUAUAAUGGUUUCGAAUACAAUUUUAACACCACCUGUAAAUUAUAUCUACUUGAAACCAAACUACGCGAAGGUGUGAUAGGAUAUUUUACCCUAAACAUCCUUGAAAAUAAUCUUUUUUUCAGAUCGAUAAUAUAUGAUAAAGGCCGUUGAAUUAUUUCAGAAAGAUAGAAAUUGUUGAGUUGAGUCUGACGAGGCAAAAUAAAAAUCGGCUUCGCAUUUUCUCAAAAGUAUUGCUCUGGUCGAUCCGCGCAGCCUUCAAUAGCCACCAAUAAAUGGCCGAUCAUGUACUCUCUGUAUUCAGUGCUUGGGUACCGGCAGCUCUGUCAACACACAGUACACAUGCUGGGCUAAGCUGCUACAAGACAUGCUACCUCUCUGUGUCAAGCACGCUUCUUAUGAUCGAAUAACACAAUUUAAAAGUAUUAUCUUGAGCAAAGGGAUCAAAUUAUCUUGUGUAUUUGUUUGCAAAUGAUGUAUACAUAUCUUUUAUGACAUACGAGCAUUUAUGUAUGGUUGUGUUAUUUAACGUUCCUGUUUGAACUAGAUUCUGAAUAAAAUCAAUCAAAACUU